GUCCGUGGGUUCGAUCCCGGGCGUGAACAGCACGUCGGAGCGCAGGACUUACCCCACCAUCCGCGUCCACGGGCACAAGGGGCCUUUCGUGGUGUUACUGUCGCUGCUCAACCCCCACAACAAUUUGUAGAGUACAUCCCCACAGCAUCACCGGAUCGGAUCCGCGGUACACAUGCAACCAUGGCGUGAUCUUCGUCAUCUCAGACGAACCUGAGGUAGUCUUCAAAAACAUAGGAAUUCUGUGUGUUAAGGGGAAAACCGAGAAAGACGUUAAAUCAGCGUUAAAAUCCCGCAAGGAGAUGAAUAUUGACCCUUUUGGAGCCGGAUUCAUGCACAUAUAUGACCAUCGCCAAAUCAAUUUCACGGCAGUCGUCUUUGCUUCCAAGUGUUUCUGCCAGGACCGAACUGGACUCCAGCCGACCGCAUGGACUUAUUGAAAUACGACAGGGGUCUGGCUCCUGUCGCGUCGGAUGUCGUGUACGACGCGAAGAAACUAAACGACCUGAAGAUUGUCCACGUUACAAGCCAUGCUGGGCCCUUGACAGGAGGGGCCGAAAUGACUUUGCUGUGUGAUAAGUACACUGGGCAGAACCCGGACGUGGUGUUCGACGACGGACGUGGGUGGUCGCAGACAGCCACAGCCAAGAUUUACCACAAGCAGCUGGCUAUUGUGUUCACGGCACCUCCCUACCGGGAAGACCGAGACCCCAGAAGUCCUGAUUACCUUCAGGUGCAGGUGUACCUGCAGCAAUGUACCGAUCGCGGCGUGCUACGCAGUCAACCCGCCACCGUGAAGUAUGUCUUCUCUGAGAAUAACAGCCAGCUUCAGUUUCCUAAGCCGCCUCAAUUGGAGAAGCCAAGGAUAUCGUUGAAGCAAAUAAGAAUGCACCGGCAGUCUUCCAGUAGCCCUGAAGACAUCCACCAAAAACGAGGGCGCAACUCUAAUGAAGACCCCAUCAUCUUGCAGAAUAUCAAGUCAGAUCAUAAUGCGUCUGGCCAGACUGAUAUCAACGGGAGAGCUGACGCGAUACCUUUAUUUGACCCAGAUAAUCCAGAAUUAUUAACAGAGGAAUGGAUUUGCAAAAUUGAUCAUCUCGGUUUCAAAUAUAAUUGGACGGACACAGUGAAAGCCUUUUACAUGCAAAAGAGGUUAACUGGAAUAGCUAAAGAUUGGCUCUCAUCAAUACGUCACAGUGAUAGUUUGACCUGGUCCGAAUGGAAAAACAAAUUGUUACAAGCUUUUCCUCCACGAAGAAUGAGCUACCUGGAUCUAUUGCAUUGGAGGUCGAAAAUGAUAAUUGAAGAUAAAAAUAAAAUAAAAGCGAACAGUGUCCAUGAGUUAAAUGCCAAAAGAGCAUACGCUUGUCUUAUUGAAGGUUGGCCGUUACAAAUGAGAACUCCAGCUCAUUGGGGCCACUACGAUGACGGGUACGAUACGCACCUCUCUUUACAUCCUGAUCACUUAUACCUCGCAGAUAGACCAGACUCUCGAAAUAACGCUCCGCAGCCGCAGGUUCGACCGAUAAAUCUUAAUAAAGCUGAUCAUAAGUUCAGCAUGAACAGAUAUGACGCGCUCAGUCCAGAUGAAGAAAGGAGAGGAUCUUGUUGCUGUAAUGAUGAUAAGCCUUGUGUUAUAAGUCGUUGUUCAACAAUCAGGCAAAAUGAAAUGAGACCAUCGUGUAUCAUUCAACGCAAUCAAAUACCUCUAGAGAGAAGCUGGCAUCAGCCGUGUUCCACAUUGACGUCUAGCUCCUCCUCGCCGUCAAUAGCAAACCCGGCACCGGAUUACUCGAACGAUCAGGACUCAGGGGAGCCGAAGAAUCUGACUGUAUGACAUUAGUUAAUCUAAAUCGAAGUUUGAUGUUUAUGUUAUAUUAUUGUGCUUACAAUACUGUAAUUACAAACCAAACCAGAAUGCAAGCUAUGGGUUAUAUGGGUAGAAUCCCAUGGUAAUGAGAAGUACAGAUACAACGAAUACGCAAGAACGAUAGUGGCUGGUAACAAAAUCUGACUUUGAAAAUGUAAUCUUCUGUCACACGUCUUUAUUUCAAUUCUGUAUUUGUUAAUAUUAUUAAAUUGAGAUAUUGUGGGGUACUGCCAAUACUUAGUUAUCAGUUCCUACCACAAUGUUUGUUUUUCACAACUGAAAAAUAAAAUAGGAAAUAAAGACUUGGUUAUAGUACCUACCAAGUGAAAAUAAACCUGAUAUAUUGACAGGGUAGGCCAUGAAAUAGUAGAACUAUAAUUUGAAUAUGGUUCCUAUGUAGGGUUCGUUUUCAUAUAACAGUUUUAUAUUAUGUUAGGUAUAAUAAUGGUUUAAUAAAUAAUAUUGAUAAUCCUUCAGUCAUUAAAUAUAAAUGAACAAGUUAGUUUAAUACUGUAAGGGCCACUUGCACCAACGAAAAUCGAGGUUUAACCCGAGGGUUAACCCACUAUUUUAUAUGGAAUUUGACAGAUGACAGCCCACUAACCCUGAGUUAAGUGGUUGGUGCAAGUGGGCCUAAUUAUAUUAGAGUCAGAAAAGCUAUAACAGCACUGGCAGCGAUUUUGAUAGCAGUCUCUAAAAUUAAGGUUUGUUGCAAUACAGUAGGUCAGUGGUUCCUCACCGUAUGUAAUUAAAUUACCUUCUAAGGGGUAAACUAUUAUACAUAUACGGAGGUGAAUUAGCUCAUGAUAAAUGAGGCCAAAUGAAUUUGUGAUAACAUUGUCAAUUUGAUUACCUAUUUCUUCUUCAUAUCCGCUUAGUUACCUAGUUAACUGAAAUGGGCUCCCCUAUAUGGUAUUAUCUCAUUAUCUGCUAAGUUUGGAAUAGUAGGUACCUAUGUAGUUCCUACUUUCUGGUUCUACCUUUAACUAGGUAAUAUUGUAAUACAGUAAGUUAUUUGUUUGCUUAAAAGUCCUGAAUACUUUAACCUUCGAAGUGAAAAAUUUGAUGUAGUUAACUGUUUUUCACUACUUAAGUAUAGCAAUAGCAAUAAGACAAUUAGUCAAAAUACCUAUAGGUGAUAAAAUAGACGCUACCUAUGUACCUACUAAUAAAACGAGCGAAACAAGCCCAUCACUGGGUUAAUUAUACAUGUAUAAAGAAUUAAGAUGACAAACUUCCUUGGCUGAAACCCUUGCAUAUGUAUACACCGUGUUUCACUUAACACUAAAAACCUGAAAACCGUUUGUUCAGAAUCGAGAGUAGAAUCGAUUGAGCUAUAUCUUGAUGGGGGUAAUAUUUUUAUUUAAAUUAGUAUUAUUCG